AUGCAUAGAACCAAUUUUCAUGUACCCUGCUUACUCCUACUAUCAACACUUCUUUUUAUCCUUUUGGAAUAUGCGCCAACUUCAAAGGGGUUCAGUUUAAACGGAAUAAAGCCAAUUUUGGAUAGAACAAAUAAUAUUGCAGGUCAAAUAUCUCAAGGGACUCAGUUUCUAAGUGGUAAAAUCAAUAAUGCAGGAAGUGCAUCGAUAUUUCGUCGACAGCAAUUUGGAAACCAAAAUGCAACUCGCUCUUCGGAUGACCAAAGAUCGAGUAAGUCAUCAUCUGAUCAAUCAGAGCAACAACAACAGCAACAACAGUCCACAAUGGUCAAGAGAAGAAUAGAGUGUCAAUGUGAGAGUGAGUUGCCACAAGCCCAAAUACCUCCUCCGAGGUAUGCAACUUUCGUGGAAUCAGCCAACAGUUAUGGCUACCAACCUGUUGAUGUUCCAGUUGUAAGCGAUGGUGAAGAAUAUCUUUCGGUUGUCAAGCGUCAUUCGACUUAG